UUGGCACUGUGGCUCCCCAACCGUGUGGUGCUGGCAGCUUUUCAGACCCAGGCUCUGCCUCCUGCUUGUCCUGUCUUGUUGGACAUUACUGUGCUGAUGAAAUCACCAGCAGGGAGGCCAUGCUACUUACUAUGGUUUGCCCUGCAGGGCUGUUGUGCCCCGAAGGACAGGCAGUCGCUCCAGAUGCCAACGGAAAUGCCUGCCCAAGAGGAUACUAUUGUCCCCGGGGUGACAUUGACUCUCAUGCUAGACCUUGCCCUAAUGGAACCUACAGUGAGCAGAAGGGUCUGGGCAGAGUGGAAGAAUGCUUGCUAUGUCCUGCAGGGAAGUACUGCUACAGGGAAUGGAGAGAGCCCCGAGGAAUUCCCCAUCCAACUGGAGACUGCCCCCCAGGAUACACGUGCCCCCCAGGGACUGGAUUCCCCUUCUCUUUUCCCUGUCUGCCUGGCUUCUACUGGGAUAGUUCUGCUGUGGAAGGAAGAAAUACUUGCAAACCGUGUCCUGCAGGGUACUAUUGUGACUCUCCUGCCAUGACACAGCCCAAAACUUGCCCAGCUGGUUCUUACUGUGCCAGAGGUAGCUCCCGUCCUGAGCCCUGCCCGGAGGGCACAUAUGGUAGCAGAAAGGAGCUGGCUGCGCUACUGGACUGCAGCCCGUGUGGAGGUGGGUUCUACUGUGCUGGCCAAGGACAGACAGGCCCCAGUGGCCUCUGCGAGGCUGGGUUCCAUUGCCGGGGCAGAGCAGUGAUACCAGGUACUUACAUGGACGUACUCGGUGCCAUGGGGACAGGAUCCUGCAAACCCUGUAUGGCAGGCAUGUACUGCAGCACAGCUGGUCUGGCCAUGCCUCAGGGACUGUGCCAGCCAGGAUAUUAUUGUGCCCAAGGGUCCAACAGCACCUCACCUGUUGGACUUCCUUUUGGUGAUCUUUGCCUAGCAGGCUAUUACUGCCCUGCUGGCACAAAACACCCAAGUGAGAUGCCAUGCCCUGCCGGUACCUGGAACGAGAGGAGGGGAGCCCAGGAUGCCAGCUGGUGUCUACCCUGUCCCCCUGGGUUCUUCUGCAAUGUGGCAGGCCGGAUUUCCCCUACAGGGCUUUGUGCACCAGGCUAUUACUGCACAGGAGGGGCACGGACCCCAAGGCCAGUGGAUGCUGUGACGGGGGAUCUCUGUCCUGAAGGACACUUCUGCCUUGCAGGCUCAGCAGCACCCUCCCCCUGCCAAGAUGGGGAAUACAGCAAUGCAACAGGUCAAGACAAAUGCUUCCCAUGUCCAGCUGGGUUUCACUGUCAGCACGGCAUAAUGCACCAUUGUCCACCUGGCUUUUACUGCCCCCAGGAGACUGGAACCAGCUUUUACCCUUGUCCAGCGGGGAGUUACAACCCAUAUCAUGGAAUCAGCCAGGCCGAGAGGUGCCAGCAAUGCCCUGCAGGGAUGUUUUGUGGAGAAUGGGGAUUAUCCUCUCCGAGUGGCCCCUGCUGGCCAGGAUUCUUCUGCACAGCAGGAGCCAGUGUCCCAAACCCUGAUGGAGCCACAAAUACAAGCACUGGAGGCCCAUGCCCACCUGGGCAUUUUUGCCCAGCUGGUACCAGCAUCCCAUUUCCAUGCCCAGUGGGCACAUUCUCGAACAGACUCUACCUCUGGCUGGAGUCAAGCUGCACUGUGUGCCCACCUGGCUAUUACUGCAGCUCAACCGGUCUCACAGCUCCCUCAGGAUCCUGCUCAGCCGGCUACUACUGCCUAUCUGGAGCCUUCUCCUCAUCCCCAGCAGGUGAGGAUGUCACUGGGUGA